GUUUAAAAGCCCAUAAACUUAGCUGCACUCAGCCCAUCACUACUAUCAUAACCUUGUCACACUUUCUUUAAAUUUCCAAACCCCGACGCCCGUGCAUCUCGCCGCUGCCCGAAAAACUUCAUUCCAAGCUUAUCUCCUUUUUCUCUGAACACCACCGGAGCCGCUUCGUCUUUCCGGGGGGGCAUCUAAGGUCUGCGCAAAAUGGCUAGUAAAGAGUCAAAACGUUCGAGUGCUAAGGGGAAAAAGGAAGUGAAGAAAGAGACUGGGUUAGGUCUUACUUACAAGAAAGAUGAAAACUUUGGAGAGUGGUAUUCCGAGGUGGUUGUUAAUGCUGAAAUGAUCGAGUAUUAUGACAUAUCUGGUUGUUACAUUGUGCGGCCAUGGGCAAUGUCAAUCUGGGAGAUUAUGCAAACCUUUUUUGACGCCGAAAUCAAGAAAAUGAACAUAAAAAACUGCUACUUCCCACUUUUUGUAACUCCUGCUGCUCUACAGAAAGAAAAGGACCACGUAGAAGGUUUUGCACCUGAGGUUGCUUGGGUUACAAAGUCAGGAGACUCUGAGUUGGAAGUUCCUAUUGCAAUCCGUCCUACAAGUGAAACGAUUAUGUAUCCUUAUUUUUCAAAGUGGAUUAGAGGGCAUCGUGAUUUGCCUUUGAGACUGAACCAGUGGUGCAAUGUUGUGCGUUGGGAGUUCAGCCACCCCACUCCUUUUAUCAGAAGCCGUGAAUUUCUUUGGCAAGAAGGCCACACUGCUUUCGCAACCAAAGAGGAGGCAGAUGCCGAGGUUCUUGAUAUUUUGGAACUGUAUAGAAGGAUAUAUGAAGAAUUCUUGGCCAUUCCAGUCACCAAGGGCAAGAAAAGUGAGCUUGAGAAGUUUGCUGGUGGACUCUAUACAACAACUGUCGAGGCGUUUAUCCCCAACUCUGGACGUGGUAUACAAGGUGCCACUUCACAUUGUUUGGGACAGAACUUUGCUAAGAUGUCAGAGAUAUUUUUUGAAAAUGAGAAGGGAGAAAAAGCUAUGGUCUGGCAGAAUUCGUGGGCAUACACUACUAGAACGAUUGGUGUAAUGGUCAUGGUUCAUGGGGACGAUAAGGGACUGGUUUUGCCGCCAAAAGUUGCAUCACUCCAAGUAAUUGUUAUUCCAGUGCCUUACAAGGAUGCUGACACACAAGGGAUCUUUGAUGCAUGUUCUUCCACUGUACAAAAGUUGCUGGAAUGUGGUAUACGCGUGGAAGCAGACAUCCGAGAUAACUAUUCCCCUGGGUGGAAAUAUUCUCACUGGGAAAUGAAAGGUGUUCCUCUUAGAAUUGAAAUAGGACCCAAAGACCUUGCCAAUAAACAGGUAAGAGUUGUAAGGCGUGACAAUGGGGCUAAAAUUGAUAUUCCCAUGGAAAGCAUAGCUGAGGAUGUCAAAGGCAUGCUCGUUGCCAUUCAACAAAAUCUCUUUGAUGUUGCGAAACAAAAGAGAAAUGCAUGUGUCCAGGUUGCGAACACAUGGGAUGAAUUUGUGAAAGCUCUGAAUGACAAGAAGUUAGUCUUGGCUCCUUGGUGUGAUGAAAAGGAUGUUGAGAUAGAUGUGAAGGCACGGACGAAAGGAGAGAUGGGUGCAGCGAAGACACUCUGUUGUCCAUUUGAACAGCCUGAGCUUCCAGAAGGAACGUUGUGCUUUGCCUCGGGAAAACCUGCCAAGAUAUGGUCAUACUGGGGCCGGAGUUAUUGAUAUGAUGGUGCUUCAUUAAUUUAUACACACAUUAGUAUCUCCCUAACUAGGAGGAUCCAUAUACUUUGUGAUGGCUUAUUUGCCCUGAUGGACUGGAUUACUGUUUAGGAAAAAUCAGCUGUAAAAUUGUAUACUACGUUUUAAGUCAUGUGUUGUGGUUUUCAAAUUGCACCAGUUUACUAGAAAAAUGUUGAGCUAACGGUGCAGGCGCUAGCUUAGGUAUCUAUACGGGUGCCUAUGCAACAACUAGUCGUAGACAUCGUUGGCUCAGCUAGGAUGGUCAUGGCCCGGGAUUCGACUUCUCUCCAUUGUCAAUGCCCUAAUAUGGUCUCUUUUAAAUCGGGACUUGGACAAGCCGAAAGGGUACGGUAAAUUUCAGAAAACCACGUUAUACAAAAUAUAAUUUGCGUGUCGCUAUGUGAUGUAAGGAUGUUUUCUUUUGGACUGAAAUUUGCUGGUCUGGUCUGGGAUUGAAAAUAGAUCAAAAGAAAACAUCCUAGAUCAUGUAUAUGAAAUGUAACUAAGUCAUGUAUAUGAAAUGUAACUGUGUCAAAUAUGUAGGCCAUGUUAAAUAAAAUGCAAACGAUGCGUGUCAAAUGUGUAAAACACGUCAUAUAAGAUGUAAAUUGGGCUUGUCAAAUAUGUAAAUUAUCACGUUGUACAAAGUUAAAUUCUGUGAAUCAAAU